GUAGGGGGGGAAGUUGGAGAUGAUGGUCCUACCCAUCGUUGAAUCUUCCCCACGUUGUUUCUCCUCUGUCUCUCUCUCUCUCUCUCGUUCUCGUUCCCACGAUCCCUUUUCUCCUGCGGGCAGGCGAAGACACCCCAGCCCAGCACGCAAAAACAGAGUCUCUCUCCUGUUCUGUUCUGUUCUGUUCUGUUCUGUUCUCUGCCGUUGUCUCUGUUUUGCGCGCACAAUUCAGAGCCGAGGAGGAGGAAGAGGAAGAGGGUAGGCGGUGGAUCGGCGGCAUAUUCGUGUUGAAGCGAGACGCGGGGCGAUAAACCCACCCCUCCCCUUCCCUUCCCCAUGGUACCCACCUUCCUCCUCUUCCUGACGUGGGUCCUCGCCGCGAGCUCCGGCGUCGGCGGCGGCGGCAACUACGGCGUCUUCAGCCUCAAGUACCGGUACUACGGGCAGGAGACGUCCCUCAGCGCCCUCAAGGCCCACGACACCCAGCGCCAGCUCCGUAUCCUCGCUGGCGUUGAUCUCCCCCUGGGCGGCACCGGCCGCCCUGACGCCGUCGGGCUUUAUUAUGCGAAAAUCGGUAUUGGGACCCCUGCGAAGGACUACUAUGUACAAGUCGACACGGGGAGUGAUCUCAUGUGGAUCAAUUGUAUUCAGUGCAGAGAAUGCCCCAGAAGAAGCUCCCUUGGUAUAGACCUCACGCUGUAUGAUAUAGAGCAAUCGGACACUGGUAAACUGGUCUACUGUGAUAACUCGUUUUGCAUAGGGUAUAGUGGAGGUCCCUUGUCAGGCUGCAGCGCUAAUGUGUCUUGUCCAUAUCUUGAGAUAUAUGGUGAUGGGAGCUCCACUGCUGGAUACUUUGUGAAGGAUGUGGUGUUAUAUGAUCAAGUAUCUGGAGAUCUCCAGACAACAACUGCAAAUGGAAGCGUUAUAUUCGGGUGUGGCGAGAGACAAUCUGGAGAUUUAGGUUCAGAUAAUGAAGAGGCACUUGAUGGCAUCCUUGGUUUUGGAAAAUCAAAUUCAUCGAUGAUUUCACAGCUAGCUUCAUCUGGAGAUGUCAAAAAGAUGUUUGCUCACUGUUUAGAUAGUACGAAUGGUGGUGGCAUCUUUGCAAUUGGACGCGUUAUUCAACCAAAAGUGAAUACAACUCCUAUGGUUCCUGACCAGCCACAUUACAGUGUCAACAUGACUGCAGUUCAAGUCGGUCUUGAGUUGCUAAAUCUUACAACGGAUGUGUUUGAGAUAGGAGACAGAAAGGGCACCAUACUUGACAGUGGUACAACCUUGGCCUACCUUCCAGAAAUUAUCUAUCAGCCAUUAGUAAGCAAGAUUAUUGGUCAGCAGCCUGAUUUGAAUGUCCACACGGUUAAUGAUGAAUACACUUGCUUCCAAUAUUCAGAGAGCGUUGAUGAAGGAUUUCCUAAUGUCACCUUUCAUUUUGAAAAUUCGCUCACUCUGAAUGUUCAUCCUCACGAAUAUCUAUUUCCUUAUGAAGGUUUAUGGUGUAUUGGUUGGCAAAAUAGUGGGAUGCAGUCUAGUGACAGAAGGAACUUGACACUUCUCGGAGAUUUAGUGCUUUCAAAUAAGCUUGUUGUGUAUGAUCUGGAAAAGCAGGCCAUUGGAUGGACAGAGUACAAUUGCUCUUCAAGCAUUAAGCUGCAAGAUGAACACAGUGGAACAGUACAUUUAGUAGGUUCCCAUUAUAUUCCCUCUGAAAGCCCUCCUCCUUGUGAUGUAACGGUGUUGGUUCCGUUCAUUUUACUGUUGACGCUGCUGCAGAUAUUCAUACACCAAAACAUGUGAGAGUCGAUCAAAUAAAGGUGAAAGUUAACAUAUAGGGAAGAUUGUUAAACUGAUCACACAACUGUGAAGUAGGCACUUUUGACGAUUGGUAGUGAUCAUGGUUUGCCCGGGCAUCCUAGGAUAAUGUAGUUUGUCAUUUUGGGUUAAUAAUUUUUGUCCACAAAGUGAGAAUCUUAUAUUACCCAUAGCUAAUGCAUGUAUAGUCUCUCUCUCUCUCCCUCUCUCCUCUCUCAUGUGCAAACAAUUCUAUAAAAGGCCAAGUAAUCCAAAUACAGAUAUUCCUCUCUGAUUUUAGUUC